AUGGCAAACCUUUCAGACGAUAUCAUUGCAGACAUACUCUCUCGACUUCCUGUGAAGUCUGUUGGUAGAUUCAGGUGUGUUUCAAAGUCAUGGCUUCACCUUACCACCCAAUCCCACUUCAUCCGAACCCACCUCAACAGAACCCAGACUCAGAAACUCAUUCUCAGCUCUCAGUCUCUUUUCUCCUUGGACCAUUUAGCAUCUAUAGAUGAUGAUAUGUUGCCCUUGGAGCUUGAUUUUCCACUCAAGACCCAUCUCAAAACUGAAUGGGUUCUCGUGUCUGGUUCCUGUAAUGGUUUGGUCUGCAUCAUGCCUCAGCCAGAAGCCUUCUUUAUAUUUAACCCUUCAACCAGAGAGUCCAUGAGAGUACCAGAUUGCCCCAUGCCAAGCCAUGCUUGUCCUCAACAAGGAGUGCGUUUUCAUGGUCAUGCCCACGGUUUUGGUCAUGCUCCUCCUAUGAGUGAUUACAAGUUUGUCAAGGUUGCUUAUGGAUGCAUGGUACUUGUCUUCUCAUUGAAAAACAACUCAUGGAAACGGGUUCAAGAUUUUCCCUACAAACAUCUUUUGGAUGCCUAUGGGACAUUUCUCAAUGGAGCUGUCCACUGGUUAUGUGGCCCUCUUGGAGUUGGAGGUCCCUGUGUUAUUGCUGCUUUUGAUUUAGCAGAGGAAAAGUUCUCAGACUUGGCCACACCUGAUUCUGUCACGAAUUAUCGGAGAUUUACAACUGGCAUUUUGGGAGGGUGCCUUUGUUUACUAUAUUACCAUGAUGAUCAUAAGCAACACUUAUUUUGGGUUAUGAAAGAGUAUAAUGUGAAGGAGUCUUGGACUAAGAUUAUGAUAACCAACUCCUACUUUUCUUUACAGCCAUUGUGUUACUGGAAGAAUACCAAUAUACUACUGGUGAGAAAUCAAAAGCAAUUACUUCUGUGCAACCGAAAGGACGGAACAUGUAAAAAUUUCUUGGUAAAUGGCCUUCCGAGUGACUUCAAUGCUGAUGUGUAUGUGGAGAGCCUUGUCUCGCCAAACUUUCAGCAGAACUAA